CCCGUUGAUAGCAUCACCCCUCGCCCGUAAUGUCCGGAUACGACCGAGCUCUUUCAGUAUUCAGCCCUGAUGGGCACGUCUUCCAGGUGGAAUAUGCCAUGGAGGCUGUCAAGAGAGGAACCUGCGCUGUCGGCGUAAAAGGCAAAGAUGUCGUCGUGCUCGGCUGCGAGAAACGCUCCGCUCUCAAACUCCAAGAUACCCGCAUCACCCCCUCCAAGAUCGCCCUGGUGGACAACCACGUCACCCUCGCUUUUGCUGGGUUGAACGCCGAUGCCCGCAUUCUCAUCGACAAGGCCCGUCUAGAAGCCCAGUCGCACCGGUUGACUGUUGAAGACCCCGUCAGCAUCGAAUACAUCACCAAGUACAUCGCCAGUGUGCAGCAGAGAUAUACCCAGAGUGGUGGUGUUAGACCCUUUGGAAUUAGUACUUUGGUUGUUGGCUUUGACCCGAACGAUGAUGUGCCCAGGCUAUACUUGACUGAGCCUUCUGGUAUUUAUUCUGCUUGGAAAGCAAAUGCCAUCGGCCGUUCCAGCAAGACCGUCCGCGAGUUCCUCGAGCGCAACCACCAGGAAGAGAUGGACCGGGAGCAGACGAUUCAGCUCACCAUCAAGUCGCUGUUGGAGGUGGUGCAGACGGGCGCCAAGAACAUCGAGGUGGCCAUCAUGGGCCCCGGAAAGACGAUCGAGAUGCUGCCGGAUGACCAGAUCGAGGCCUACGUCAAGAGCAUAGAGACCGAGAAGCAGGAGGAGGCUGCUAAGAAGAAGACUGGCCGCGGUGGCACCACAACUGCUGCCAUCCUAACACGACCUGGUGGCGAAUAG